AUGACAGAAUUGUAUCCGACAAUCCCACAGUGUGCUGUGGUUGCCACCGCACUCAAGGUCUUGCUCUGGCCAGCGUACAAGUCAACGGACUUCGAGGUCCAUCGAAACUGGCUCGCCAUCACGAAUUCAUUACCACUCGACAAAUGGUACUAUGAAGCCACAUCAGAAUGGACGCUGGACUAUCCACCAUUCUUUGCAUACUUCGAGUGGGCGAUGUCACAGGCUGCCAGGCUCAUACACCCUCAAAUGCUGGAGAUCAAUAAUUUGGAGUACGGCAGUUGGCAAACCGUCUACUUCCAGCGAGCAACAGUCAUCCUGACCGAGUUCGUUCUGAUCUGUGCGUUGAUGCUAUUCGUGAGGACAUCGCCCAUUGGCACAAGGAAGCAGUCACAUGCGGCCGCGCUUUCGAUCCUGCUUUCGCCUGGUCUAUUGAUCAUUGAUCAUAUCCACUUCCAGUAUAAUGGCUUCAUGUAUGGAGUUCUGAUCCUCUCCAUGGUUCUCGCGCGUCGCCAGCAGGGAGGUCUUCUAUUGAGCGGUAUACUGUUCGCUACGCUGCUCUGCUUGAAGCACAUCUAUGUUUACCUCGCACCGGCGUACUUCGUCUACUUGUUGCGAGCGUAUUGCCUCGGACCACGAUCGAUCUUCGACAUCAGGAUCUUCAACUGCAUCAAACUGGGAGUCAGCAUCGCAGCAAUCGUUGCAUUGGCCUUCGGACCUUUCAUAUAUCACCAGCAGAUCCCACAGCUGCUGAGCCGAUUGUUUCCCUUUUCGAGAGGACUCACACAUGCAUAUUGGGCACCCAAUGUAUGGGCCAUGUACUCUUUCACGGACCGAGUACUAAUCCACUUGGCCCCAUACUUGAAGCUUCCCAUCAAUCGGGACGCAGUGGACAGCGUCACUCGAGGCCUGGUGGGCGACACAUCUUUCGCGGUGUUGCCCAAUGUGUCGAGUGCCAUGACAUUCGUACUCACCUUGGCCGCCCAAUUGCCAGCGCUCGCGAAGCUCUUCGUGCAUCCGACAUGGGACAACUUUGUGGCGACCACCACACUUUGCGGAUAUGCGUCAUUCCUUUUCGGAUAUCACGUUCAUGAAAAGGCUAUACUACUCGUCAUUAUACCCUUCAGUCUUCUGGCUCUCAAGGAUCGACGCUAUCUGGGUGCAUUCAGACCUCUAGCAGUCGCCGGUCACGUGAGUCUGUUCCCGCUGCUCUUCACGGCCAUGGAGUUCCCAGUGAAGGUGGUGUACACUAUGCUUUGGCUCAUCACGUUCCUUCUUGCGUUUGAUCAACUCGCACCAGCAUCUGAGAAGCCGCGAGUGUUCUUGUUCGACAGAUUCUCCUUGCUUUACAUUGCGAUAUCGAUACCCCUGAUUGCGUACUGCGCUGGAUUGCAUGGGCUUGUUUUUGGUGCCAAGUACGAGUUCUUGCCUCUGAUGUUCAUCAGUUCUUAUUCGGCAGUCGGCGUGGCUGGGAGCUGGGUGGGGUUUUUGGUCGUGUUCUUCACGUCCUAG